AUGGACAUUCCAACUGAAGCCAACACAGGCACCCCUUGUCAAAGCAAUCCGUACAAAAAUAGAUCUACUUGUAAUAGUGCCGGCCCUGAUAAUUAUAACUGCACCUGUCAGAAUGGUUUUAAUGGGACCCAAUGCCAACAAGAUUGGAACUGCUACCGCUAUUUUUCUUAUCAAGAUGGCAGUACAUGCUCAUACAUUAGUGUGAGCGUUUAUUCAUGUGCCUGUACUGCGGGAUUUUCUGGUCAAAAUUGUUCGCAAGACACAAAUUUUUGCCGUAUUAAAUCUCCAUAUCAAAACAGGGGUAACUGUACAUCGACAGAUCCUUUUACUUAUGAAUUUAAAUGUACUAAAGAUUACGCGGGAACUAAUUGUACACAAGAUAUAAAUGUUUGCCGUACCGGUUCUCCCUGCCAAUAUAGUGCUAAUUGCACAUCGACGGGCCAUUUUACGUAUAAUUUUAGCUGUAGUGCUGGCUAUACAGGAAAUAAUUGCACCAGAAGAAAUUUACGUAUAUCUCACAACUCAGAUUUAAAUCUUUGUCGCACCAUUGUGCCUUGCCAAAACGGAUUAACAUGUCAUUUGACUGGGCCAUAUUCCAAUAACUGUACUUGUCUACCCGGCUACACAGGAAUAAACUGCACAAAAGACUUGAAUCUUUGCCGAACUCAUGCACCUUGGCAAAACGGAGCAUGCCUGUGGACUGGACCAAUGUCAUAUAAUUGCAAUUGCUCAAGUGGAUAUACAGGAAAAAAUUGUACCAAAGACAUUAAUCCAUGCCGAAAGCCCUUCCCUUGUAAAAUAGAAGCAUCACGCUCAUGGACUGGCCCAUUAUCAUACUACUGCAACUGCUUUGCUGGAUAUAUACGAAAAAAUUGUACCGAAGAACUCGUACUUCAUUUAGUAACUUAUCAAAAGGACUUAAAAGUUUCAGAUUCUUAUCAAGCUGUGUAA